AGUAUUUUUAAUUUUCACAUAGGAAGCCACCUGCCUUGCUCCGCCAAGAAGACCACCUGCCUAACCUAUGCCAACUUGAACCUAAUUGUGAAGCUAGAUGGCCGCCUAGGCCUAUUUUAACAGUAGUGGUCAAUCCUAAAUACUUUGUAGUCUGUGUAUAGAAACUAAUCUGUUUUGCAUUCAUUGUAGAACACAUUCAAGAGGAAAAUAUUUAAAGUGGUCAGAAUGAGCUAAAUAUAAUAAAUCUUGAUUUUCUGUAUAUCAGUAUAUCGUUCAACAUGAUAAAAAGGAAACAUACCAACCUCACUUUUCACACCCCGUCGCCAUCCCUGUCCCCACAGAUUUCCUCAAAGUGGAGAUUAACAAGGGCUAGUAAGCAAUUAGAACUAGUUUUUUGAAGUGUGCAACAGAUUUAAAACCUACUCCAUAUUAGUUUCUCUUGGAAACAGUUCUUUUAUUAAAUUUCGCAGGGCUGUGCGUGCAAUGAAUGAAGCUGUCAAACAAAAUCGACUACCAAGGGAACAAGAUGUUUCAACUAAUGAUUUUUCUGCAGAGAAAAGAGAUGAUGAUUCCAAUAGCCAAGCAAGUGCUCUAAGGUUCCAUACCAAUGAUCAUGAAGGGAUUAAUGACAGAAGUAGCCUAGCAUAUGUUUUGCAGAGGAAGCAAAUAAAUUCUCAUAAAGCUAUCUCAUUGCCUUCAUCCCCUCAGUAUUUUAAAAAUCAGAUCCCCAGAAGGGCCGAUCGAUCAACAGCUUCAAAAAAUCCUCAUAUGAUCUCCAGAUUUGAUAAAGUACUGGAGUCUUCAAAACUUGUGAACCAGCCAUUAUUACCUUUCGAGGAGUGGAACAUAGAUUUCUCAGAAGUAAACAUCGGAAUACGUGUUGGAAUUGGAUUCUUUGGUGAGGUUUUUCGUGGCAUUUGGAAUGGGAUAGAGGUUGCAGUAAAAAUUUACCUCGAGCAAGACUUGAGCCAAGAAAAUAUUGAAGAUUUUGCCAAUGAAAUAUCUAUAUUGAGCCGUAUUCGCCAUCCAAACGUCAUUCUGUUUCUUGGUGCUUGCACAAAGCCUCCUCGCUUAUCCAUGGUAACUGAAUUUAUGGAGAUGGGAUCAUUAUAUCAUCUUAUCCACGCAAGUGGACAGAAAAAUAAACUCAGCUGGCGAAGGAGGCUGAAAAUGCUUUGUGAUAUAUGCAGGGGUUUGAUAUACAUUCACCGAAUGAAAAUAGCUCAUCGGGAUCUAAAGAGUGCGAAUUGCCUUGUAAAUAAACACUGGAAGGUCAAGAUUUGUGACUUUGGGCUCUCUAGGUUACUGACUACCAAACCAAUGAGAGAUUCUUCAGCUGCCGGAACUCCAGAAUGGAUGGCCCCGGAACUCAUUCGUAAUGAACCCUUUACUGAAAAAUGUGACAUUUUUAGCCUUGGUGUUAUAAUAUGGGAGCUCUACACACUUAACAGACCGUGGGAAGGCAAUCCAUCUGUCCAGGUAGUAUAUGCUGUUGCUAAUGACGGGAAACGGUUGGAUAUCCCUGAUGGUCCCGUGGGAAAGCUUAUAUCAGAUUGCUGGGUGGAACAACCGGAUGAAAGGCCCGAUAGUUUGCAAGUUCUGUCGCGCUUGCUUGAACUUGAGCAUACCGUUUCCUAAUCGAUUCUUCCCGUCUCUGUGGACGAGCAAAUAAUGAGCUUUGAGAGGAAUUUGUGAAUAUAAUAGUGGGUGUAGUAUUUUGCAUUGAUGUCAAGAUUUUUCUAUUUGUUUUUUUGAUAGGCUGAUAUCCUUUGUAUACAUAAUACUGAGUACAAAACGUUCUCUCUAUAUCUAUCUUUUUUUAUAAAGAAAAAUAGAUCAUAUGA